UGCCACUGACGUACCGUGCGUGACCGAAGGAGUCAAGGACUGAUAUAUUACCCCCCGUAGAGGACCAAGUGAUCAAGACCAUCAAAACUCUUAUACUACUACUUCACUACCAAGCAAUUGACAAGCAAUAUUUUCUAAGUCUUAGUUUUACUUCCCCAUACUUCGUCAAACUCAAUUUCAUUUUCAAAAUUUUUUUUUUUUUUUUUGAAAAAAAGAAACAUUACGACCAUGGAGCCCUUCGACAAAGCCUGGCACACAGCCGCCGACUCCCUCAGGAACGACUACCGGUCCUCUGAGCAGCAAUGGACCCAGCAUGGCGAGGAACCAAUCUCCGGAAUUCAAGGCCGAGGAACCGCGACUGACCCUUACGAUGCCGGAAACCGUUCUGAGCAACCCGGCGCUCCCCAAUCUAAAGAGAACACAGCUCUUGUCCCUGAGGCUCUCUCGUCGAUUACUCCCGCCGACCGCUCCUCAAACCUCAAGUCCAACACCAGCAAGGCAGCAAGUGGCCCAGCCGCUAUGCAACCCGAGUUGAACCCCAUCGGCGAAACCGCCGCAAAGUACGGUUCCCAGCCACACCGAGUCCCAGAACAGAGAAACGUGGGAUCCAACCUUGACCGUCAUAGUCAGACCUCAGGUCUCAGCCACGGCCACAGCGACAGGACCUCUGGUCUUAACCAGGGCUCUUUGAUGACGGGUGUUGGUGCUGGUGGUGCCGCUGCUGGUGCCGCUGGUGCCGGAUCUGAAUACAAGAGCUCCGCAGGUGGUCUUGGUAAUGCAACAUCCGCUCAGGCAUCUGCCCUCCCAAAUGACACACACACCCCAGGCCUCAGACACACUGGUACUCUUGGUGGUGCAACUUCUGCUCAGGCCUCGGCUCAGGCAGGAGGCAUGACUCACCCAACCGGUCUGAGACACCACUCUACCCAGAAGUCCGGUCUGGACAAGGGCGUCGAGACAUCUGGUCUUGGACACACCACCAGUUCCAUAGGUCAGACUUCCCCUAUGAAGUCGGCCCUGGAAAACGAUGCCCAGACAACCGGUCUCAGACAGCCAGCCUCUACUACUCACAAGCCCGUUUUCGAGAAAGACACCCAGACCCCCUCUUCCUCAGGUCUAGAGGGAUCCCGAAGCCUGGGCUCCACAGCCAGCUACGGAGGAAGCGAGGCUCAGAUCCCUGGCCGGUCUUCCCAGCCCAUUGGCAGUCACACCACUACCUCUGGUCUAGAGGGAUCCCGGGACCUGAGUUCUACCACCAGCCACGGAAAUUAUGCUCAGAUCCCCGAUCGAUCUUCUCAGUCCAUUGGUACUGGCGCCGAGGCUCGACACCCCAGCUCUGGCCUUACAGAGGAACCAACCAGUACCGAAGCCAGACAUCCCAGCUCCGGUAUCGCCGAAUCCACACCCCAGAAAUCGAGGUCCACCACCGAUCAACGAACCCCAAGCACCACCGCAGCAGAGCGUCAAAGCAGCACCCAGAAGGAAACCACAUCUAAACCUUUCAAGAAGGACGAUGACGUCGAACAUGUCGGUUUCCCCCCUAAGACUGACCAUGUGAGCAAGGAAGCUCUUCGCGGUCCCUCCGUCGCUGAGCCCAGAGACCACUGGAAGCAGGAUGAGAAGGUUGCUAAGGCUGAGGAUGACGGUAAGCCUGCUGCGGCAGCUGGUGAGCCUGGCGCUAGAAACCAGCAGGGACCUUCGGAGAACAAGCAUGAAAAGGAUAGUUCUCAUUCGGGAGGCACUAUGGCUCACAUCAAGGAGAAGGUGGAGAGGGUUAUUCAUCCUCAUAAGUCGUAAAAUGUAUAAUUAGCAUUCAGAUUGUGACGUGUGAUGAUUGAUACUUGAUAACUCGUUUGUAUUGUUAUUCUCGCGGCUUAGUUUAGUGUAUAUUCUGUACAACCAUGGAAGAUAUCUUCUGCUAUAUAAGUCCAAAUU